AUGACAGAACAAGACUCAUUAGAAAAGACUCCUUCAGAGUUCAAAUUUACCUUUGACGACUCGGUCUCAGAAUGGAACGUCAACCAUCGCGAAUGGCUUAAGACGCACGACAAAACAUGGGACUCCCUCGCAACAGGUGCUCUCAUCUUUGACGCUUCCAACCGCAUUUUGCUGCUGCAACGUGCUCCAGACGACAGCAUGCCCAACAGAUGGGAAAUCCCCGGUGGAGCCUGCGACGACGAGGAUGAGAGUGUCCUACACGGCUGUGCGCGCGAGCUCUGGGAAGAAGCAGGUCUAGAAGCCAUGCACAUUCGUCACGUUAUACCUGACGGCGCAGGUGGAAAGCCUGGGCAGGUGUUUACGAACAGGACAGGGAAGAGAUUCUUCUGCAAGUUUAGCUUUGAAGUUGAUGUUGUGGAUACGCGGGAUGUGAAGUUGGAUCCCAAGGAACAUCAGGAUUAUGUGUGGGCAACGGAGGAGGAGGUCAAAGUGCAAAGGAUGAGGGAGGGCGAUAGGGAGAUUCCUCUGACGAAUGCUAUCAUGGUGAGGGUUGUUGAGAUGGGCUUUGCCUUGAGAAAGGCUAGACAGGAUGCUUGA